AUGCCGCCCCAUCGUCAAGCCCAGAAUCAAGCGAUCUGGCAAGAGUUUACCCUCGUCGAGAACCCUGGUCGGAUUUCCCAGUUCGCCAACUGCCGUCACUGCGAUUACCGCGCUGCUGCAAAUGUCACCCGUCUUCGCCAGCACUUGCAAGAGUGUGAGGGAAGGCUAAGGUUGACCUUUAUGCCACGGAAGCAAUCCUUCUGAUUGGUAGAGGAUUUGCUCUCUUUGAGAGCAGUCCCAUGAGGGUAUUCCUCUAUGCCUUGAUACCUCUCUAUACCCCGCCGAACGCCGCAGCGAUCCGUAAUGAAUAGCUGCCUAAGAUUUACUAGUUUAUGAAGAUUCAGCUAAAGACUACUAUUGUCGA